CCGUUUUUUUAAUCGGUCGGUGAAAAGGAUCAAAGAAUAUCCCAAACAUUUUGUGGUUUUCUGCGCCUCUGUAAAAGAUUACUUCCGAGUCAAAGGUUUUUUGAGUUGAACAAGAUGGCGGCCCCCUUAGAGUUGUUUUGUUGGAAAGGGAGUUGGGGUUUACCUUCUGUUGAUACUGACAGUCUAAUAGUUUUGGCUUAUGCUCGAUUUGCUGGAACCCCACUGAAAGUUCACAGGAUCUCCAACCCCUGGAGGAGUCCCACAGGUUCACUCCCUGCUCUGAAGACCAAAGAGGAUGGGAGUUUCUCUCAACCCAGUAAAAUUAUCAUCCAGCUCAGGAAACAGAAAUACAACGCAGACUACGACCUAUCCGCAAAAGAAGGUGCCGACACACUCGCUUUUAUCUCUCUGGUGGAAGAAAAGCUGAUGCCUGCUCUGAUUUAUGCUCUAUGGAUCGAUCCUAAGAACUAUGCUGAGGUGACACGUCGCUGGCAUGCAGAGAACAUCUCCUUUCCACUGAACUUUGUCCUGCCGAGCCGCAUGCAGUCUAGGCAGCUGGAGAGAGUGCGACUCAUGCGGGGAAACGGCACUCUGGAGGCCGGCGAGGAGGCUGAGAAAGAGCUGUACAGUGAUGCUCUGGAGUGCAUGAAUCUUCUCUCUCAACGCCUUGGCUCAAACAGAUUUUUCUUUGGGGACUCACCCUCCUCCCUUGAUGCCUAUGUGUUUGGCCACUUGGCACCGAUACUGAAGAUCAGGCUGCCCAGCAACAAACUGCAGCAGCACCUGAAGGAUCUGGACAACUUGACCAACUUCUGCUCUAACAUCCUAUCCUUGUACUUCCCUGAUGAGAUUCGAGAAGGAAUGGGUCAGUCGGCAGCCAAUGUUCAGGAGGGGAGUGAGUUUGACCAUGAACCUUAUAAGAGACGCAAGCAGCUGCUGUCCGUCCUGGUAGCUGUAGCAGCCAUGCUGGGCUAUGCUUUUCUCACGGGCAUUGUUGCUAUUGAGCAUGUGAAGGAGAAGGGGUCAACAGGAAACACCGCCUCAACUGACCUUCAGAUUGAAGAGGAUGAGUGAUGGAUGAGGAGUGGGAAACAAAUGGGGACAUUUAAUUUACCUGGUGGACAGAAUUCUUCACUGGAGAUUUACACAAUGAGGACGGUUAAGAUUACAAUGUGUCUUUUUCUAAUUAGAGAAUUUUGAAUAGGAUUUGGGCUUUGCUUUGUUUUUCCCUGCAUAUGUGACAUUUGUUUGACUGUUUUUCAGUUCUUUAUUAUGUGGUGCUAUAAAGAUACCUAGUUUCUACAUAGUGACAUGAGCUUUUCAUUGUCCAACAUCUGAAAUGUACUAUGAAAGGACAUAUACUAUGUCUGACUUGAAAGUGAAAAUUGGAUAUGGCCUGUACUUCGAGUCUAAUUUCUGUGGGUUAUAGACUAUCUGGUAAAUGCUCUGUAUUUUAAUUGACAUAUUGCUAGUAAACAUUUUGGUCAAAUUCCAUUGGUGGAACUAAUAACAUCUCAUCUUGAUUAAUAGUCUCUGUUCAUUGCACAUUCCUCUUUUACGUUGUUGCCUUGUCCACUGAGACACACAUUCCUGCUGAUCUUUGUAAUGUUCAAACCAGUAAUGAUGUCCAGGGGACAUUAAUGCAUAGGUCAGUGAUUUAUUUAUUCUUUUUUUUAUUGAUAUUUUUAAGUUUUAUCCAAAGGUUUAAAAGCACAUUAUAAGUUAACAUUUGAAACGAGCUUUAAUAAAGUGUUAUUUGCCUGGUUGCAACAAAACAUUAGAAGUUUAUUGCAUUUUCUUUUGUAUUUAAAACAUUGCAUCAAAAUGUCUGGUGUGUAAUUGUGAUUAUUAUUAUUAUUAUUAUUAUUAUUAUUAUUAUUAUUAUGUGAUUAUUCCAGAAAGUUUAUCCAUAUCUAGCACUAGAGUGCUAGCUUGAGAACUUGGCUUGAUGAUCAUACUUACGCAGGUUUAGCUGUAAUACUGUACUUUGUAUGUGUGCAGGUGAGUACAUGUAUGUGUGUGUUUGUACUUGCUUGUGUGUACUUGUUUGCAAGAUGAGGAGUUUGUAGUAGUGUUUAAAGGAAGUACUUCUAUUUGUCUGGUGCCUAUAUGUCUCUAUAAGUGUUUGGUAUGUAAAGCUUUCCUCCCCUCAGCACUAAUAAUAUGUCUGUCUUAUGUUCCUACCAUUUAUCACAGUUUUUUAACGUAUGUACUUCAGGGGACCUGCUACAUUUCUUAUAUAAUACAUUUCCUUACCUGCAUUCCAUUCUAAAUCAAAUUCAGCAGUAAAAAUGUGUAGUUGGGUGACUCGUCUUAUUUGUAGUAAUUUGGGGUAGAUGUCUACAGAAAGGGGUCAACCUUUAUUUAGUAAGUUGAUGACCUGGCUGAUGAGCUAUAGUGUGUUACACAAGUGAGUUAGAUGUAUAUCUAUUUCAGGUGCACUCCACACUUGUCUGGUUGAAAUGCUCAGAAAUAGAACAAAUACUUGUGAUUUUAGAUUUUGCUGUUGUGAAAGUAAAAAAAAGUGACAUUAGGAUUCAAUUAAGGAUUCAAAUGGUAUUGAUGUCGAGU